AUGACCCAGAUAGCAGCUAUCUCUCGUUUCUCACACGGAGUCCGGAGCAGAUUGUACGAGCAUGUCCGCGACGGCUACAGCGACAAACCCGAGCUGGACAUGAGAGCAGUGUGCGAGGAGACCGACAAAGUCAUAGCAAAUGUGGAGAACAGAAAGGGUGACCUGCGAGGGGACGAUGUCAGGAAAAUCGUGUGUGUGUGGCAGGAGCUGCAGGCAGUGAGGACAGAAAUCUCUGGGCUGCAGGAGCAGAAGAGACACAUCGGGGAAACAGUCAAAGCACUCGUGAACAAGAACGACAAGAAAGCCCUUGGCAAUCUGCCUGAGUACACCCAGGCUCUGCAGAGGGGCCGAGAGAUCCGCAUCAGACUGAAUCAGCUCUACCCCAAAGAGGCUGAGCUGGAUGAGGAACACUACGGACGAGCGCUCAGAUUGCCCAACACCACACACCCCGAUGUGCCUCUUGGAGAUGAGAGCCAGGCGAGAGUGGUGGAGGUGGUCGGACAGAAACCAGAGUUUGACUUUAAACCCAAAGGCCAUGUGGAGCUGGGGGAGGCGUUGGGCCUGAUCAGGCAGAGACAUCUAGCUCAUGUCUCCGGCCACAGGUCGUACUAUCUGAGGGGUGCAGGGGCCAGACUUCAGACUGCACUCCAAAACUUUGCCCUCGACACACUGCAGCGGCGGGGCUUCAUUCCCAUGGUUGUACCUGACAUGCUGCGGGGGGCAGUGUUUGAGGGUUGUGGGAUGCUGCCCAACGCUCAUAGCUCUCAGGUCUAUUCACUGGACCAGGACCGCUUCCCAGACCUCAACCUGGCUGGGACUGGAGAGGUCGGAGUGGCAGGCUAUUUCAAGGAUCAUGCAGUAAACUGGAAAGACAUGCCUGUCAGAACGGUGUGCAGCAGCACCUGCUACAGAGCAGAGACGGACACAGGCAGAGAGUCAUGGGGACUCUACAGAGUGCACCACUUCAACAAGGUAGAGAUGUUUGGUGUGACAGCAGAUGAGACAGGAGAAGAGAGCUCUCAGCUGUUAGAGGACUUUGUCUCUUUGCAGAAAGAGAUCUUCUCUGCACUGGAACUUCACUACAGAGUACUGGACAUGCCGACACAGGAACUGGGUCCUCCAGCAUACAGGAAGUUUGACAUCGAAGCAUGGAUGCCUGGGAGGGGCAGCUAUGGAGAGAUUUCCAGUGGGUCUAACUGCACAGACUACCAAAGCAGACGUCUCAACAUCCUGUAUGAGAGAGAGGACGGCAGCCUGCAGUACGCCCACACAGUAAAUGCUACAGCAUGUGCCAUCCCCCGAACCAUCAUCGCUAUCCUGGAGACUCACCAGACGAAAGAGGGAACAGUUCGUGUCCCCCGAGCUCUGCAGCCCUAUUUGGGCCUGGAAGUUAUCAAGAAGCCAAAGUACACUCCAGUGAAAUACAUCGGACCCAACCAGCACAGUCGGCCACCCAGGCCUGCUCCCAAAACUAGAUGACAUAAAUAAAAGCACAGUUGCAUGCAAACUACUGAGGUGGAAGCUGCAGCCUUACCUCGCACUUAACUGUCACUAUAAAGACAUUUGUCUUAUGUUGUCAAAUGCUAUGAAAUUUUGAAUGCUCGCCCAAAUAAUGGUUGUCCAACCCAUGAGGAGGACCAUAAUGACCAAUAAAGAUGUUUUAUUUCUGUGCCAUGUUUCGGCUCCUCGUUGGGUUCUUCAGACACCUGGUACUGUUACACAUUUACUGAAUGAUCGGGGUCGACAGAUUAUCGGCCUGGAUGAUUAUGGGGGCUGCUAUUUGGGAUCUUUUUAUUAAAAUAAAACACAGACACAGACAAGUGUUAA